AAAUGGCCCGUGUGAAAUGGACCUGAGUCAUAACACAUUGAGAGGGGUUGUGGAGUGAAGAACUUUGCAUGCUCUCCUGCCUCAACAACAGAGGGGGACUAACCAGUGAAAUAAAUACACAAAGUGGUAAAGACACUGGGUACCUUUACUGCUCUGACACUAUCCCUUUGAUAUGUAGAUUGCUUCUCUCAGGAAACUUUCUACUUCUCCUCCACACAUCAUUCUUGAAAGCACCUUUCCAUCAUGCACAGUGUGCGCCAAGGUGCAGACACCACCUCUUGCCAACCAACUAGUAGGAUUAGAGAACUACACAACUGCUACCUCUAUCUCUUCACUUUCCUGGGGAUGCUGACACAGUUGUGGCACAUGCAGACCCAUUACCUAGUCCCCAGCCUAUGCAGAUUCCCUUUAGGGAAUAGACCCAAAGCUCUACUGUUACACCAGCAUCCAGCUGCCUCCACCUCCUGUGCUGAAAAUUAAGAAUCAAGAUUAGCAAAUUAGUGCAACAGAAAAGGCAUCACAAAGUUUUAACAACUAUUCUAAGCAUUACAGUACUCUAAAGAUUAUAUGAGUUGUACUGGGAUUCCAGGAAAAAUAUUGCAUAGUUCUGAGGCUACUAUAGAUGAAGCUCUGUUAGGUUUACCAUCAGAAUGAAUUUAAUUGAGAGUUGUUUCCUAGGACAUACUUUUUCUUUUGACUAGUCUAUGUAGCAGAGUAUUAAAUAUAUGCGUAGCUUAGGUAUGAACAAUGCAUACAUUUAUCAAACAGGAAAAAGUACCGGUAAAUGAGCACUAUUUGUGUCAACGUAAGGGGGAAAUAAAAAAUUAUAUACAUUUUUAACACUGAUAUUGUGACUUGUGUACAAAGUCCAGUCAUAAGACUAUCCAAAGGAAAUAGCUAUAUGAAUAAAGAUGUGAUGCAUUUGGCAACAUUCAAAUUUUAAUCCAGAGAUGUUGACGGGUGUUAGUUUAGGAUUCCUUAGGAUUAGCUGAUACAACUGUGUGUUCCUUAGGAUUAGCUGAUACAACUGUGCAUCUUUUGUUCACAAUUCAACACUGGUAUAUUUUGCAUGAAAGCAGUUUCUCUCACUUAUCAUUAUAUAAACUAGAGAAGUUGGCACUGUUGUAGUUUAGUAAUGUGCCUAUGGGCACAUGGUGUUAAGCUAUACUUGGAUGUCCUAGCUAUAAAAAGCUUUAAGUGAAAACUGACCUUCAGUACAAAUUUAGUUUGCUAUGUAUGAGGUUGCUGUCUCCUGCAACACAGAGUCAAGUCUGUGUUAACAUACAUUUCCACACCCCUCUACAUGAAGAUGAGCAGAGAAGCUAUAUCUCUGUGUGCACUGAACAAGACAUUAAACAGGUUACAAAAUGGGAACAGCAGAGCUGUGUUUUUCUGGAGGAUGGGGUAGAGACUAAACUGCAGUGCAUUCAGGCCCAGUUUACUAUGCUAGACACUAGCAUGCAGAAAUUAUCAGAGAGUUCUGAAUUGCAAAGCACCACCCUGAAGAAUCAAAUGGAGGAAAAUGAAAUGUGGGCAUCACUGGUAGAAGACAGAUACACUUCUGUUGAGGUAAACCUUUUCUACAGUUACAUCUGUGAAACUAUUCAUUAUGUACAUUCUCAAGUACUAGAAAAGCUACCGGAUCUGAAAGGAGCCCUUCCUACUCUGUCGUCUAUCCUGAGGAAAAAAGGCAAAAACCAAAGCAUCAGGAUAGCAUGGGAGUCAGUACUGGAGAGACUUGGACUGCACGAAGGAAACGUUGAAGCACUCUGUGCCUUUUUCAUUUUACAUAGCUAUGAUGCUUGCUACUACCCAGUUAAACAAAGACAGAACUACUCCACUGACAUCAGUUCUGUUAUAACAAAAGUAGUGAAGAACCAGCUCUUUCGACACAGUCUGCUAAGUGCUGUCCGUCUGGUGGAGGAUGGGAAAGCUUGGGGAGGUUUCCAAGACUAACAGGCACUUUCCAAAAAAUAAUGUUUUCUUUAAUGCAAUAUCUUCUUCACAAGGACUUAUAAGCUCAGUUCCAAAUUUUACUUCAGCGGUUAAUUCAUUAAGUUGUCUUCUGCAGGAGUACCUCUCACCAUCCACCUUGUCUAUAUUUUGAGGGCUAAUGAAGCUAAUGUACAUGGAAUGCUUUGAAUGCUCUAAAGUAAACUAUUUAUAAAACUUUGUAAAAA